AUCAAGCUGCAUCAACAUGCGCACACAAUUGAGAACACGGCUACAAAAGGCCGCUGGCACGGUCGCACUUAGAGGGCAACACGUUGCCCGACAGCCAUUCGUAUGCAAAACAUGCAGAGCCGCCGUCAAUGGCACGCAACAUCGCUCCUUCGCCGCGUCUCGCCUCCGCUCCAGCGAUAACACGACCGAACGACCCAUCCCUCAAACACCGCAGACACAUUACGACUUCUUCCCGCAGACCUUCCCAUCGGGACCUCCUCCCAAAGCCUCCUUCACUCCUGACUUGCGCCAGCUGCGGAAAGAGUUCCUCCAGCUGCAAGCCAAAGCUCAUCCAGACCUCGCUCCAGCUGAGCGCAAGUCACAUGCCGAAGCGCUGUCCGCAAGGAUCAAUGAAGCAUACAAGACUCUACAGGACCCUUUGCGUCGCGCGCAGUACCUGCUUGCACAACAAGGCAUCGAUGUGGAAGACGAGAGCGCAAAAAUGGAUGCUGCAGGCGGCGGAGACGCAGAGCUAUUGAUGGAAGUCAUGGAAGCGAGGGAAGCUGUCGAAGAGGUUGAGAAUGAGGAGGAUUUAGCGAGUAUUCGAGAAGAGAACAACGCGCGCAUUGCAGAUAGCGUGCAGGUUUUGGAGGAUGCGUUUGCAAACGCUGACUUUGACGUUGCGGCGAAAGAGGCUGUGAAGUUGAGGUAUUGGAUGAAUAUUGAGGAGAGCAUACAUGGUUGGGAGAAGGGUGUAGGAGGCGGAGUCAAUCACCAUUGAGCCACGACUCAUGUACAGCCCGUGUUAGCUGGAAAGCAACGAACAAUCUGGGCCAAAAAUUUGCGGGCCAUCAGCACAACAAGCACCUCG